UAUUUUAUUUAAUACAUUUUUUAACAAACUACAUUCUGACUACUUCUCAUUGCUUUACUUUACCCCUUAAUUACAAUUUUUAAUCUUAUCUGUCCUUAAGCAACCAUGUGUAGAUCACAUUACAGCCAGCUGAUUAGUUUUGCAAAAAUACAAGGAACAUCAUAACUGUGUUUACCAUUUGCCAGAAGUUAAUGUAUGUCCGAGCAAACAGGAAAAUAAUAAAGUAACCAUCUGGUAACAUCUCUUUUAAGAGUCCUGGUAUAACAAUACAGAGACUUUGGUCUAGUGUGAAUUCUGCCACUGUUUACCUCGGGAAGGUCACUUGACCUCUUGGAAGCUCUACUCUUCAUCUGUACAAUGGCAAUAUUAAGACUGUGCCCCUGUUUAUCUCAGAAAUAUUGAAAGCAUCAAAUGCAACAACCGUAUGGAAGCACACUGAACAUGUAAAGUUCUACAAAAAUUAUAGAUGAUUUGGUGUAUGUUUUUGGUUUCAAUACUGAGAUAAAAACAACCAGAUCUGUGCGUAUGACUUUUUAAAAACCCAGAAUAGUACUAAAAUUUUACUCAACUCAACAUAAACUAUUUUUAAUAGGUUAUUGUUCGUUGUUAUUUCAAGAGGCUCAUGAAUGAUGGAGAAUAGGAAACACUCCUUUACUUAUCAUUUGUUCUUUGGCUAGGGCUACAGGUUAAAGCAUUUCCCAAGCUGGAAGUCUUUUGCUCUUCUAGAAUCCCAGAUCUGCACCCAGUUUUGAAAUUAAGAACACUAACACAAACCACUUGGAAUGGUGUAGUGGAUAAGAGUAUGAACUCUGAGCCAGCCUAGAAGAGCUGAAUUCCAGCUCUUCUGUUAAUACUUACCAGCAAGAUUACCAGCUGACUAAUCUUGGGCAAGUUAUUCAACCUCUCUGGCCACAAUUCCUAGUUUAUAAAAUGGAUAUAAUCAUGUUUUACCAACCUCGUAAGAUUGCGGUGAAGAUGAAAUCAUUUCAAUCAUUGCCUUGCACAUAAUUGCAAUACCCAUCUUUAUUAUUCUGCUGCGCCCCUUUUCCCUUGCUUUCCUGAUACCCCAGUGCUUGGCAUUCCCAUGAUGUACACAUGGCACUUCUAUAGUGUGAUAAAUAAGUACACAAGUAGCUAAGUUAGUCAGGUGAGUGAGAUCUUAAGGUCCAUCUUAACUAGUUUUACUGGUGAAUAAACUCAAGUCUAGAGAAGUCAAGUGUGAGCCAGACUGGAAUUCAGGCUUCUGAUUGAGCCACGUGCUUUCUCCAUGGCCAUGUUUGUACAAAACCACAGCACAUAAAAAAAAAAGAUAACUCUAGUGAAAGGGACAGCUCAGACCAAAGAGGUUAAAAAUAUUUAAACUUCUUUCUUUUUUUUUUCUUUUUUUUUAGACAAGACAGGCUAGAGUGCAGUGCAGCCUCCACCUCCCAGGCUCAAGCGAUUCCCACACUUCAGCCUCCCAAGUAUCUGGGAUUACAGGCAUGUGCCAGUGUGCCACCAUGCCCAGCUAAUUGUUUUUUGUGGGUGUUUGUUUGUUUGUUUGUUGAGAUAGAGUCUCGCUGUGUCACCCAGGCUGGAGUACAGUGGCGCGAUCUCGGCUCACUGCAACCUCUGCCUCCCAGAUUCAAGCGAUUCUCCUGCCUCAGUCUCCUGAGUAGCUAGGACUACAGGCAUAUGCCACCAGGCCCAGCUAAUUUUUUGUAUUUUUAGUAGAGAUGGGGUUUCACCGUGUUAGCCAGAAUGAUCUCCAUCUCCCAACCUCGUGAUCCGCCUGUCUAGGCCUCCCAAAGUGCUAAGAUUACAGGCCUGAGCCACCGUACCUAGCCUUGUGUAUAUUUUUAGUAGAGACGGAUUUUGCCAUGUUGACCAGGCUGGUCUCGAACUCCUGGCCUCGAGUGAUCUGCCUGCCUCAGCCUCCCAAAGUGCUGUGAUUACAGAUGUGAGCCACUGUGCCUGGCCUAUAUUUCCUUAAUAUUAAAUAUAAACCCUCAUUAUUGAAUUGUGUGUAUUUACACUAAUAAAGUUUCACUGAAUAUACUGGCACACGACUUUCUUUAUUUUUAAUUAUCUUUUAUAUCUGAUUGCAAGAGAAAUAUUUUCCCUACAAAGUCCUCAGAAAAGAGAGAGUUGCUGUUUAUUUCAGUUCAUUCAAAGUCUUCUAAAGAAGCAUUCUUAAUUACUACUUUUAUCUUGAACAAUAAAAUACCAUUUACAAAAGACAUAGUAGCCUGCAGUGACCUUAAUCAAUGUAAUUUGAGUUUAUAGAAGUCACCUGUUGGAAUUGAUAAGCCAAGCAGGGGAGGAUAUGGAAAAUAAAUUUAACAUAAGUUUGAUUAUUAAUCCCAUGAAGGGACCUCUCAAUUCCAAGUAUUGGAUAUUUAAAGAUUACUUUAAACGCAAUGUAGUAAUAGAGGAUCCCAGACAUACACCUACAGGAUCAAUGAAAAACUACCACGCCAUUGUUAAACAUGGCUUGGUGGCUUUGAGUAAAACUUCCAGUGUCUGUUUAAUGUGUCAUAGAAGUAUUUGAAUUUAAGGAGACUACCUUUUAACUCAAGAAACCUUAUAAGAAUUUCGCUUUUUUUGCUGCAUCUACUGCGAGAAUGAAGACCAUUCUCAGCAAUCAGACUGUCGACAUUCCAGAAAAUGUCAACAUUACUCUGAAGGGACGCACAGUUAUCGUGAAGGGCCCCAGAGGAACCCUGUGGAGGGACUUCAAUCACAUCAAUGUAGAACUCAGUCUUCUUGGAAAGAAAAAAAAGAGGCUCUGGGUUGACAAAUGGUGGGGUAACAGAAAGGAACUGGCUACCAUUCGGACUGUUUGUAGUCACGUACAGAACAUGAUCAAGGGUGUUACACUGGGCUUCCAUUACAAGAUGAGGUCUGUGUGUGCUCACUUCCCCAUCAAUGUUGUUAUCCAGGAGAAUGGGUCUCUUGUUGAAAUCCGAAAUUUCUUGGGUGAAAAAUACAUCCGCAGGGUUCGGAUGAGACCAGGUGUUGCUUGUUCAGUAUCUCAAGCCCAGAAAGAUGAAUUAAUCCUUGAAGGAAAUGACAUUGAGCUUGUUUCAAAUUCAGCAGCUUUGAUUCAGCAAGCCACAACAGUUAAAAACAAGGAUAUCAGGAAAUUUUUGGAUGGUAUCUGUGUCUCUGAAAAAGGAACUGUUCAGCAGGCUGAUGAAUAAGAUCUAAGAGUUACCCGGCUACAGAAAGAAGAUGCCAGAUGACACUUAAGACCUACUUGUGAUAUUUAAAUGAUGCAAUAAAAGACCUAUUGAUUUGGGAAAAAAAAAAGAAUUUCAUGGACAGUGCCCUCAUUUGUGGAGAGAAUUAACCUUGUGUUAAGUAGUUAUGUGUUCAUUUUAGCUGAAGAGCGACAGAGUUAGGUAUAGGCACAUUUCAGACCUUUCUCGUGGUGUGUUAUUUGAAUUUUUUGGUCCCAGAGUGGUUUUCUUGUUAACCAAUUUAAUACUGGACUGCUUUUUUCUCCAGCCUUGAGUUUGUAACAGAAAACAAACAAACAAACAAACAAACAAAAAACAAUGAAAGUAAUAAUUUUAAAACAUUGGCCAGCAAAUUAGAAAAAGAUCAUCUCAACGUAAUACACUCCCUAGGUUAAAAGAAAUGAUUGUUGGUCUCUUUGCACUGUUAUAUAUACCAUUAGCUUUUCCUCGUUACCAUGGAUAACCUAGGAGUUGAGAUUGGAUUUAUUCUGGGGCUGCUGGCAAAUGGUUAUUUGAGUUUCAUAAUUACUCUAGGCCUUCAGCUAAUUCGCUGAAGUCGUAAAACAAUAGCCUUUGUCACUUUAACUCUUAGAAGUAAAACUCUAAGUAAGUAACUAAGAGCCUACAUGUACUAAUGAAGGUUUUUUGGAACUUUAACAUAAGAAAGGUCCAACACUGUGCUGAAAAUCCUGAGCCCACCUCUUUCUUGUCUUGCAUGGGCUGAAGAUCACUCCUAGUGCACUAGUGUUAAACUUCUCUGCCUCCUGCCUCUCCCUCAGUGUCCUUCUCCACACUAACAAAGCCACAGACUGCUGCCGUCUAAAGCCGUUCCUAAGCAGCUGUUGAAAGGGUGUAAGGAUUUUCUUACACUCUUCUGAUACCUUCCUGAGUUUGGAGGGAGGAAAUUGGGCUCAUCACCCCACAGUGCCUGUUUAUGUUGUGGUAACCAUUGUUUACAUAAAAGAAGGUCAGCAAACCUUGUUGAUUCUUCAUGGAUGGCCUAUAGAAUAAAAAUUCCAGGUUUGUUCCCUUGGUUUCUGACAGGGACUGCUGGAAAGACUUAAGGAAAAUACAGUUCUGAUCCCUUCAGUACAUUUGAGUGUCCUGCACAUGCAGGACCCAGGCAUCUUUGUGUAAAGAAAGAAUGGGGAUGGCACAAUUGGUCAGCUGUUGAAGGAGUCCACACUCCCUCUGCCCAUCUCGACCCCCACACUCCUUCAAGAGUUCUGAGUCCAGUGCCUUCAUUAUCAGUACAAAUGAAGCAGUUAUAUUACAUGUCUUGUACAGAAGAGGAGGCAAUAUAAACCAGAUUGAUACGAUAUUGAAGAAACAGAAAAAAUGCUGUGAGUAAACCUAGUUAUGUAAUUUGUAUUAGGGAAUAGAUAUGGUACUGUUUUUAAUACAGUAGGUUUGCUUUUAGUCUUUUUCUUCCCCCCAGUAUAGAUAAUAUUUUUAUUUGGAAAAAAACAUAAAUACAGAGAAAUCCAGGAAAUAAUAUAAUAUACUA